ACACGCCCCAUGUUUUUCGCAUGAAAUGUCCUAUGUCACUGCGACGUCAUAAUCUGUCUGUAUUUCUGUAAUUCUUGUUAGACUAAUGUCAAUUGGAAUAUAAAAAAUCGUAAAAAGGAACGUAUAAAUCUUACAUAUUUUUGGAUAUAAUUUCUUGCUGAAUAUAUCAAUGACUUGUGUAAUUUCAAUGAUAAUAACAUUUGCGAAUGACUGUUCAAAAGUGUUUUUAUUGUGAAUGUAUACUAACAUGUGUUCCAUUAACUUCCUACAUUAAGAGGUAGUUUUUAAUAUUUUGAUUCAAGUUUUUCACAUUCAAUCAAGAUGAUUCAAGAGGACGAAUAUGAUGCCUACGUCUCAAAUCCAGAGCGGAUUCAGGCUCUUGGGUUCAAGCCACAAAAGGAGAAAUUGACAAAUCAUUUGUUGCCGUAUGCCGAUAAAUUGGAUGAAGAAUCAAAAAUAUUCCUCGAACAGGUGAAGACAAAUUUCGCAAAAGCAGUCAUGUUACGGGAAAUGAAACCCGCAUGCGGAGUUUGGUCUUCAAGACUUAUGAAGUACAUUCGUAUUUACGGCUUAAAAUUUGGGAAAGAAGAUCACAUUGCCUUGAUUAAAUUGGCCUAUGAGCUUACCCUCAUACCAGACUUAGAGCCGUGCAAAAUUCAUAAAUUUGCAACAUUGUUCAUUAUGCUAGCAAAGAAGAAAUACCUCAUAAGUCCAGAGGAACUCACACUUCCGUGGCGACCGCUGUAUGAAGUUGGUAUAAAGAUUUUUGAUAAGAGUUCUACAAGUAUUGGAAUGUACCACUACCUAACGCGCAAAUCUUCCAACAAUCAAGAAACGUCUAUGACCGAGAUGAUUCGGAAAUUUCUAUCAGGAUACGGUUUAGAUGACGCGCUCGCAUUAUUUGGACUCGCCGGACAAAAUGAGAACGAUCUCCCGACGUCCUUGGAAGGAUCAUACAUGACAAUGGUCAAAUGUGCGAGGCCGUACUUCGCAGUGAGUGCUACAAAGGAGAUAUUAGAAGAACUACUACCACUUAUCUGUCCCUGGUCAGCCACCGCCCAAACGUUGGCGCCGCUUACUAACUUUAUACCUGUAGGACUGCAUCCAAAGUACGCUAAACAAGGUCAUGAGUUAUGGUUUGACCAAAUGAUGACUCUGUGGGAUUCGUGUUAUAAUUUUUACUGUGGAAUUUCUGAUGUUAUGAUACUUUUCGCUGGAUUGGCUAAAAAAAAUCCAGGUGCGAUAGAUUGGACGCCACAUGUACCGAAACUAUUCACGCGAUUCCUACAUGCUCUCAAUUUACCAGUUAGUUACAAAGAUAUGCAAUUUUCUCGAAGUCAUUCCUUGGAUAUGAAAACAGUAGCAACGUGGAUUGUUUGGACGGUAAAUCCGGAUGGUGUUGUGUUAAAACAUCUUAGAUCAUUCCUUGCUGGUAUAGAAAGCUAUUUACAUAGCGCAAAUUCUGGACGAUGGUCUUAUAAACUACGUGAUCUUCUCAGAAAACUGGCAAGAGAAUUCCUUAAUAGAGUACGGCGUGAACGUGAAAAGAGAUUUCAUAAAACUUGGGAAAAUCUAACACCUGAGUCGUACCGAAUCCGAGACGAAGAUAUAACAGAAUUUGUAAAUAUCGUUCUAGAGCCCACAUUUCAAGCAGUAUACAGCAGAAGCGGUGCCCUCGACAUAUCCAUCGCUUUACAAAAUUUAGCCACUCUUCGACCAGCUAUUGUUAUACCGCCUUUGUUAGAGAAAUUGAGGACUUCACUAACCUCGUUGACUGAACCUCACCGAGUAACAGCAGCGAUGUCAGCGGUCGCGGCCGUAGCUCGGCCUAUGCUUAGAGGAGCCGAUGCUGACUACCCUGAAGGACCUACUCAUGUAGUUCCUUUCCUUAUGGCGGUACUUCCUGGCCUCGAUCCGAAUGACAUAAAAAAGACAUUAGUCACAUUACAUUUUAUAUUAAUUUUUAGUACUAUGGUACCGUAUAUAGACUGCAGCUCCGCAUACGAAUACUGGCCCGAUCUUACAGAAGAAGAGUUAUUAGUCUGUGAAUCAACAGCUCAAUUUGAAGAUUUUGUCUUAAUCUUCUUUGAUAGACUCUUUAUUAUUAUAGAAUCAAGUGUUCUAGAGCAAGCUCGUCUUGACACUAAAGAUUCUGAUUGGGUUAGAAGUAAAACUGACGCCGUAAUGGAAACUGCUAUAUCUUCCGCAGCUUCUACAGUACUGACACAGUGCUCUCCUAAAAUAUUUAAAGAAGCACUAAGAAAAUUUAAGUCGUUUGCGACUGAAACUACUUUUGAAACAAAUGUUUCGGGUAGUAUGGUUGGUGUACUAUUACACGUAUUUGCUCGAAUAGAUAGUGAAUCGACUUUAAGUGUAUUUUUACCGAAACUUCUAGAAGAUUUGGAAGAACUUAUAUCCAGUGACGAAGCUCUACGCGAAGAAAACCCGCCCAGAGAUCUCGUCUACAGAUUAGUCCUCCUAAAGCAUGUCGUAGAUUGUGACGGUUCUGUUUUGAUAAAGUAUAUUCCGCAAAUACUACCUGUGUUGGAUAGAGUUUUAAAAUUACACGCAAAAUAUGCGCUAUCUCGCGCAUGUGAAGUUUUAAGCCGCGUUUUAAAUUCGCUUUCUAAUUUAGAUAUAAAAGAUGCAAAGAGUACGCCAAAAGAUUAUAGUAGCGCGCCUGAGAAGUGGUUACCGAUUCGUGAAUGGGGUCACGGAUGCUCAUUCAAAGAUACAAAUUUUAAAUGGCAUAUACCGACUGCCGAAGAAGCUGAAUGCGCUCAAAUGAUCUCCGAUAGAUAUUUGAAGCAUGAAGUUACAAGAAUCAAGCAGUGGUUGAGUGGGGAGAGAUCGAUGUCCCGUGAACGAAGAUUAAGAAGCUUCCGCAUUAUAAACUCUGUUAUGUCUUGCAGUGCGUUUUUGCCUCAACCAGACGAAACUCCCAUCACCUUAUUAGAGUCUCAAGUACCGGCCAAGAGUAUGCCGUUUGUCAAUGGUGUACCAUACGCUGUAACACUCGAUGGGGAAAAUAUGCGAGUCGCCCUAACCCGCCUUUUACUCGAAGUCCAAGCGAAAAUGCUCGCGGAAAGAACUGACGAUAUUCGAGGAUUUGAAAUGCUUCUUCAGGCUUGGGAGUGCGUGGUCGUCAUAAAGGGCAUGCGGACGGGUCAGGGGAUGGAGGCUCGCUUGCGAUCGUACGGGGCUCUGGAGAGGGCGCUAGACGGGCGGGGUGGGGGCGGGGGGUCGGCUGCGGCGCGCCUCCGCAUGCUCGUGGCGGACGCGGUGCGCCUGCAGGAGGAGGCGCGCAUCGACCUCGUGUGUGACGCCGGCAUAACGCCCUCCGCGCUGAAGGCGCUGCACGCGCUCUACGAUCUCGCCAUCAACACAUACAGCUCGGUCCGAAUCCUGGCUCAAGUCCGGCUGUACUGGAUGCUAAACCAUUACCCGUACUCAUAUCGUGAGCUAAUACCGCGGCUGGUAGGACUACUGGCAGAAGGGGGCGAGGGUGAUGAGUGGCACGCUCGCCACAAAGGAGCCUUGUUCAUGAUGCUGGGCCCAAAAUCUGUCCCUCUCGUAGUCAAACAGGACUGGGAGGUUGUUAGGGCUCUUUGGCCAGCUAUUUUGAGAGCUCCCUUAAGCGAGAAGCCCUCUAUACAUGGGUUGGAACAAGCCUUUAGCGAGACAUUGCAUCGUCACUUUCCCGCUGUGAAUACAUGCCUAACAAUGUCUCAGUCAGCAAUAGACGCAGCAAAGUCUCUUCUAAAGGAGGAACAAUUAAUCGAUCCUGUGUAUAUUGAACAAUUAAGUAAAGCUGAAGAAAGAGAAACCGCUACAUCUGCUAAAGCAGAGAAGAUGUAUAAUGAGCUGCUAAAUGACCUGGUGGACAUAGCGGAAAAUUCCAAUGGACAAUGGCGUCGUCUAGAGCUAGCAAUGCAGAUGCUCACAUACUGUCCCUUGGUUCAAACCCCGUACCCACCACGCGCGGUUCGAUUAAUGGUGCGUUCACUUCUCCACGACGAUAUCAUCGUACGGCGGACUGCACAAAAAUUGACGCACUUUGCCCUCAAACAACGGAAACACAAACUAAAAAAAAUUGAAGUUGAUCCUUACGAAAUAGCAGGAGUCCCCAAGCCAGAAAAACAUAUCCCAGGUUAUAGGAAAGAUCUCGAAUGGGCUAUGUGGGCCGAAGAUAAAGAGAUAAAAACGGAUGAAGAGUGGGACAAACCAUGGCUAAGAAACUAUACCUACGGCUUCUAUGCUUGGCCGAAAAAACUUCAGGUGGCAGCACCGAUCAGCGAACAAACAUACUCAAUAGAUAAAUCUCCUGAAGAUAUGGAAGAAGGGGAAAGGUACUUGUUCGAGUUCUUCAGCGACGAAUCUAACAUUGAGCGCCUCGUGACAUUCCUAACUGUCGAGGAGAAGAAAGGAAAAGAGAAAUUCAAUGGAAUUAGAUUCUCUAUGUUUCGGUUGGCAUUCGCGCAGUUCGGCGAGCGCGUGACGAAGCGCCUGAUGGCGCACGCGCUGCGCUGCGCCGGGGAGCCGCAGGAGGCGCCGCAGCGCUUCGCAGCCGAGCUGGCCGCCGCAGCGCUGCGGGCGCCGCGCUACUGGCCGCGGCAGCGCGCGCUCGACUUGAUGCAACAAGCUGUAGGCGUCAUCAAGGCUGGGCUGACGGCGGUGACAGCCGAGACGCUAGAGGAGUGGGGCACGGCGGUGGCGACCGGUGUGGAGAAGCUGGACCCGGUGCGAGGCGCGCCCGUACUGCGCGAGCUUCUACAGCUGUGUGCGCCUCGCGCCGCCGCGCCCGACACCACGUCCUUCGUGAUCUGCGCACGCCUCUACGCGCUGCAGGGUGCUCUUGGAUCUUUAACGUGGCGUACUGCGCCACUAGCUGCUAAAGUACUAAAACAACUCGAGGAAACAAAUUUCAUCGAACAUCCUUUCCAGAAUGUUAGAGAAUCCGUGGGCAGUUUGUUGAUGACGAUAUUCGACUCUGAGUUGGUGUUCCCGGGCGGCGAUGCGGGCAGCGCGCCGCGUCUGCGGGACUUCAUCGAGUCUGUCAAACCGCGACUAGCCGCUCUCUACGAUGAAAAUGGAGAUAUUGGUCGUGAGCGCGUGCGUGCGUGCGUGCGUGUCUACAGCGCGGUACUAGUCAUGUCUCCGAUGUCCACAGUGAUAAAGACGGCGGUGUCGCUGGGCGGGCCGAGCGGGCUGCGCGCCGAGCGCGAGGCGCAGGGCGGGCCGGCCGCGCGCCCGCCCGCCCUGCCGCUGGCCGCGCUCGCCGCCGCGCCCACCUCCGCGCCCGCCUCCGCGCCCGCUCGCGCGCGCCUCGAGCCCGCCGCGCCGCGGCCGCAGCACGCACGACAGACGGAGGGCGUCGAGUCGGAGGCGGAAGGCGAGGAGCCCGAAGCGGACAAGCGGCUGGCGGAGCGCCUCGACAGCGCGCUGCGGCUGGCCGGCGACGCGCCCGCGCCGCGCCGCCACGCGCGCGCCGUCAACCUGCUCACCACCGUUUUACGAGGCUGCACGGGUAUCGUAGUUAGGGGAGUGUACGGUAACGCAGAAACCCAAUACGAGCUCGUUAGCACGGCUUGUGCGCUCGCGUCGAGAGGGCCCCCCCAACCGCACGAGGAAUUGCCUCGCGCCGCAGGAGGUUUCCUCGCCAGCCUAGCUCUGACCAAUCACUCUCAAGCCGCCUUCGAUAAAGCUCUAGAAGUAUUGGAGUCCCUCGCUGAAGGCAGGUCUUGGUGGGCGCGGCUCGCAUGCAUCGACUUCGCUCAGCCAGUACUCUUCUAUGGACUGCCGAUGUUGUGCGACGAACCACAGAGGGCGGUUCGAGCAGAGAGAUUCGCAUUAAAACUCAUGAGGGAUUCGAGAGUUGAGGUGCGACAAUCUGCCGCAAAACUGCUAACUGGUCUGAUGCAUUGUCGUGCUUUACCGAACGAAGAAAAGACGCUCAAAGCUCUCAUGCGAAGCUGUCGAUCCAAGGAGCUGGUGGAACGGCAUUGUGGUGUUCUAGGUCUCUGUGCGUAUUUAUCUUCUAGACCUUACAGCUUAGGCCCAAGACUUGGUAAGGUUUUGGCGGAAUUAGCAAGACAUACAAGUGCACCUGAUCCAAUACCUGCCACUAUCAGGACCGCUCUUGCAGACUUUCGCAGGACGCAUCAAGACGACUGGCCCAAACACAGGGAACAACUCACGGAGGAAGAGUUAGAUCUUUUAGCGGAUUUAACGUCACCGCCCUCAUAUUGCGCUUAAACUAUAAAUGCUUUAGUAUGAUGGCGAUAAUAAAUGCCGUGCUAGAUUCUAUUGUAUUGUCUAAGUGUAUUUCAUGGCAUAAUGUGACGUAUAUGACAUAUGUAGAUAUUACAUACCUACAAUAUAUUUUUUCCUUCUUUUGGCUUCAA